AUGACAAAUUUGAGUGCUGCAGCGAUUGGCAGUGUCGCCACUCUACUGGCGUUAUCGUGCGUUUUAUAUUUUAAUAAGCCAGCCUGCUGGAGUGCGAAUAUACGUGAUGAGGGGCUAGAUACUCGAGUAAGAUCAACAGUCUACAUCGAUGUCGGUGCAAACCGUGGAGAUACCCUUAAGAGUUUUUAUAAACAGAAAAAAGUGGAUGGCUCUAACAACCCGUUGGUAAAGUUGCCAUACACGUACGAUCCCGCUAAUUGGAAAGUGUUUGCGUUUGAAGCAGAUGCAAUUCACACCCAGGAAUUACAAAAACUUCAGAAACAAUACAAUUUUCAACUCUACACUGAAACGGCUGCUGGGAUAGACAACAAUGGUGUUCAACUGUUUCUUGAUCGUGCUGCAGAGAAAAAUGGUUACUGGGGUACCUCAAUUGUAGAAACCAAAAAUGACGUGACAAAGACCAAUGCUGUCCAGAUCCCUAGCAUAGACUUCAGUAAAUGGCUGCAAAACCAUGUAACCCACGAUGAUUUUGUUGUGCUCAAAAUGAACAUAGAGGGCGCAGAGUUCGCCAUUUUGGACAAAAUGAUACAAGAUGACACAUUUUGUUUGAUUGACCAGUUAUUCAUAUUUUAUCAUGCCAACAUCGCAUUUCAAGGUGAAAAUAGCCUCGCUAACAGCAUGCCCGAGAGAGUUAAACAGAAGUCUGUUGAGCCCUUUUGCAAAGUUCAAAUACUGCUCCAGUCAGAACACUGA